UCCAGCUUUACAAAUAUGAUAAGGGCCAAACUGCUAGAACUCUCCCAGCACUAUGCAGGACUCAGCAUGGAGGAGACGUUGCAACAAGACUCGGAAUCUAAAAAUCCAAAUGAGGACCAAGGAGGGAUCCGCCGCCGAUUGCGAGACAGAGACCUUCUGAAGAAGAGAAAAGCUGAGGCAGAGGAGAAGGAAACAAACCAGUGGGUUUUGGGGUUGGAGAGCCAAAGGAAACGAUCAAGACCCGCAGACAAGAGCAGCUCAAAGAGGAGAGGGAGGCCCAAGAAGACUGAAGCCACACCACAGAUAGUUGCUCAGGGGGAGGCAGCGCUGACUCAGGAGGCUCCUGCUGCGGCGGCGGUGCUUGAACCUGCUGCGGUCAUCCCAGAUCAAAUACCAAAUACUUCUCUGACCUCCUUUACCACCACCAAAGAAGAGUCAAAACCAGUUUUUGGAUCUGGCCAAGGCUUAAUUUUUGGUCCUUUCCAAACUCCUGUCUCUGCUCCAGUUAGCCAGGCUCUAGAUGUGGCUCCUGUGCGAGACUCAGCUCCAGAUCCGGUUCCGGCUCUGUCCCAGGAGUCUGUCAGAGCUGAAGCUCCAGCUCCUGUGCAGGUGGAGAGCCUCUACACCGGGUCAAAAGGGAAGGAGAAGCCUGGCCAGAUCCUGAUUGAGGACUUGGGUCCAGAUGAAGAGGAAGACAUCACUCCAUCGCAAGAUGAUACAGCUGAGGAGGAUUUGAGUGAAACACUGUCAAUCAGUGAACCUGAACAAACUAAAAUGUACUCAGUUCCAGUAUUGUCCUCUCCACCUGUGCAACAGGAAUAUUUUCCUGGAAAUUAAUUGCAAUUUUCUGAAAAACAAAGUUCAGAUGUGGCUUUAGUUCAGGCCAUGCUUCUUUUCUGGUCACCAUAUGUAUCUGAGUAUAGUUUUGAUCUAUAUUCAGCCUUUUGGCUGAUAUAAAGUAUUUCACCCCUAUGCAUUGCUUAUUUGAAGAAAAUGUAUGAAUUUAGAAAAGACCUGUAUGCUUAUUUAUUUUUGAUUUGUGCUUCACUGUGAAGUUCUUGAAUCCUUUUGUACUUUGCAUUUGGUAAACAGCACAUUUUUUAUUUCUUUUUAUUUAACAUUACAGGGUAUAAAUCACUGGUAAUUAUGUGUUUGUAAUUCUGGAUUUGUACUGACUGAAUUUUGUAAAACUUAUUUUUCUUCCAAUAAAAUUCACUGCUUACUGCAUUUGA